AUGGCUCUUUCCGACAUCAAAAGCUCGCCGCUAGUAUUGGUUACGCUGCAGAGUGUUGUUCUAGCAGCAACUUCCAACGUGCUAGCACAGGUUUUGAUGGCAUAUCGCCUGGAUGAACCAUUCUCGGUAGAUUGGAUGCCUGUAUCACAAUUCAUUAUAUGGACAGCCGUAUCUACGCCUCCAAACUAUCUAUGGCAGGAUUAUCUUGAGAAAAAGUUCCCUGGCUACGACUCGAAGGAAAAGAAAGCCCCGGGAAGACACGGUCAAGCAGCCAACAAUAGGCUUAACGUGCCUAACACAUUUAUCAAGACUAUACUGGACCAAACCAUUGGCGCAGCUGUCAACACCUUUCUGUUGUGUGCUUUUAUAAACUGUAUGAGAUCAGCGGUAGUUCCUUGUGUCUCUUCAGGGUAUAAAGUUGACUAUACGCGCAUUGACUGGUUAUCCAUCGUCAGCAAGGCACACGAUGACUUUUAUCCUCUCCUAGUGGCGGGUUGGAAGCUAUGGCCGGCCGUGAGUCUUAUUAGCUUCACUUUUCUCAAAACUGCUGAGGAGAGAAACCUAUUCGUCGCUUUGGCUAGUGUUGUCUGGGGAAUUUAUAUCAGCUGGCUUGAAGUAGAGUGA